AAUGAUGAAGCUUCCAACACACCUGAGCGGUCAGUAGGAGGAGCUGUAACACCACCUGGAGUUCAGCGUCAGUUACCAUGGAGACGUACCCGGAGCCGGUUGCUAGGCGACAGCGACGUUCGAGCGGCGCUAAAGAAUGAACGGGUGGCGUCUCUACUGCCCCCUGUUGGUACGGAGGUCUUCCGACGCUUCACACCAGCCUCGCUGGAGGAGAUCCAAGAACAACAUGAAGCCAAGGAAACAGAGAAAGCACCAUCCACUGACAUGGCAGCUGGGAAGCCCCUCCCCUUCUUCUAUGGGGACCCGCCCCCUGAACUCCUCACAACCCCAUUGGAGGAGCUGGAUCCUUUCUACCAAUCACAGAAGACUUUCAUGGUUCUCAGUGAAGGAAACAUCGUCCACAGGUUUCAUUCUGAGUCCAUCUGUUUCCCACUGAGGACGUUCGCCAUCAAGCUCCUCCUCCAUCCAUUAUUCAGUGUUUUCAUCUUGGUGACGCUUUUGAUCAACUGUGUGUUCAUGUUGCUCAGAGUACCAGGGCUGAGCACAGUCAUGGAGUUGAUCUUCAUGGUGAUCUACACACUGGAAGCCCUGGUGAAGGUCGUAUCCAGAGGUUUAUGUCUGGGACGCUUCACCUUCCUCAGAGAUCCCUGGAACUGGCUAGACCUCCUCAUCAUCACCACAGGUCUGAUGGUGGAACAUCUUCCUACAUCUGAUGGUGGAACAGCACAGAGAGCUCAGCUGUUGCCAUGGUUACCCAGUCUGUCUGCUUGUCUGACUGUCUAUCUGUCCUCAUAUAGGAACUGGUACUUCCUUCCUGGUGACCUUAAUGCUCUGCUGUGUGGAAACAGCUCAGACUCCGGGAGGUGUCCAGAGGGGUAUACCUGCCUGAGGGUGGCGAACAACCCAAACUACGGAUAUACCAACUUCGACUCAUUUGGUUGGUCUCUGCUGGCUUUGUUCAGAGUCAUGACUCAGGACUUCUGGGAAAACCUGCUGCAACUGACGGUUCGAUCAGCAGGUAAAUCCUACGCCGGUGUUUUCGUGCUCCUCUUCCUCCCCGGCUGCUUCUGUGUGGUCAGCCUCAUUCUGGCAAUGGUUGCCAUGGCGAUGGCAGAGCAGGAGGAGGCAGGCGCCGCUGAGGCCAGACGGAAAGAAGCAGAGUUCAGUCGGAUUGUAGAGGUGGUGAAGAAGAAAGAGGAGGAGGAGGAGCAGGCCUCCAGCAGGGCGGCACUCCCAGAGGAACAGGACUCACCCCUGAAGAAGAAUUCAGCUGCAGAAACUCCAACCGUCGAGCGAGAACACGAUGCCAUGAAAGAUGAACACGAGCCUUCGAGCUGCAGCUUCAUCCACGUCUGCCUUCAAGGGGACUGUUGUGGCUGCUGGCGGUGGAUCAAACAGCGGUGCUUCACCGUCAUCAUGAACCCCUGCUUUGAACUUGGGAUCGUCCUCUGCCUCGUCCUCAACACCAUCUUCAUGUCCAUGGAGCAUUAUCCCAUGACGGCUGACUUUGAGGAAAUGCUGAGCACCUCAGGGCUGGUCUUCACGGGGAUCUUCACAGCUGAGAUGAUCCUCAGACUCGUGGCUUUGGGCUGUUCUGGAUACUUCAAGGUGAACUGGCACAUUUUUGACUUCAUCCUCGUUGUCAGCAGUCUGGUGGAGCUGGUGCUGGCGGACAUUGAGGGGUUGCCCGUGCUUCGCUGCUUCCGAGUGCUCAUCACACAGCUGCAUUACAGCUGCUUUAAGGUGGAGGUUCAGCUACGCCGUGUUCUGGAGAAGUUGGUCAGUCAGCUGGUGAGGUCAGCGCUGUGGGUUUUAUCACACCUGACCAGGUGUUUGUUCAGAGUCCAGGUCUGGCAGCAGCUUUACCUUCUGCUGGCUUUCAGAGGUCUGUGCUUGACUUCACUCUGGUUCUGUGAUCCAUCGACAGCGGCCGACGCCGACAACAGGAAGGAGUACGUGGCCUUGAACCUCGUGACCUCUGACCAGCUGGGCGUCAACGGUAACCAUGACAACCAUGACAGGGCCCCCGUCGCCGAGGCCGAGUUGGAGUUCACCUCACCUGAGCCUGAAGAAGAGAAGCAGCAGCAGCAGAGUGAAAAAGUUCAAGAUGAAGAAAAGCAGGAAGGAAACGCACCUGGAGACUGCUGCUGGGAGAGUUGCUGCUGUCCAUUCCAGGACGUAGACACGUCCCAGGGCUCAGGGAGGGUCUGGUCUAACUUCAGGAGAACCUGUCUGCUCAUCGUCCAACACAAGCUGUUUGAAGGCUUCAUCAUCUUCAUCAUCCUGCUGAGCAGCGCCGCCCUGGUGUUUGAGGACAUCCACCUGCAGAACCGUCCAGUCCUACAGAUGGUUCUGGACGUAGCAGACUUGGUGUUCACUGUCCUGUUCCUGGUGGAGAUGCUUCUCAAAUGGAUUGCCUUCGGAUUCAAGAAAUAUUUCACCAACUUCUGGUGCUGGAUCGACUUCCUCGUCUUAGAUGUGUCUCUGCUGUCUCUGCUACUUGGCAGGAUGGGAUUCAACACUCACUGUCUGAGAGCUCUGAGGACACUGAGGGUCCCGUCUCGCUUCCAGGGGAUGAAGGUGGUGCUGAAGGUUCUGCUGGUGACCCUCCCAGCCAUGAUCAAUGUGCUGCUGGUGGUGCUGACGGUCUGGCUGAUCUUUGGGAUUCUGGGCAUUAAUCUGCUUGCAGGGAAGUUUUAUUACUGUUUCAACGAGACAGCAGAGGAGUUAUUUCUUGUGGACGAGGUGAACAACAAAACCGAGUGUUUUCAGCUGAUGAUGACAGGCUGGACAGAGGUUCGCUGGAAGAGCACCAAGUUUACCUUCGACUCCGUAGCGGUCAGCUACGUGACGCUGCUGCUUCUGGCAAUGUCUGACGGCUGGCAUGAUCCCAUGUAUGCUGCUAUGGACUCCAGAAAGGUGGAGGACCAGCCAAUCUAUGAGGACAACCUGUACAUGUACCUGUACUACAUUUGUUUCAUCACCAUCGGCUGCUUCUUCACCUUCAAUGUCUUCAUCAGAUCCUUCAUCUCCACACUGCAACAACAGAGACAUAAGCUAGGAAAACACAUUUUCAUGACGGAGCAGCAGCAGAAAUAUUCCAGGGCCAUGAAGGCGGUCUUCUCUGAGAGUCCAUACAAAGAUGUUCCUCGUCCUCAGAACAAGUAUCAGGCUUGGCACUUUGAUGUGGUGACUGCACCGUCCUUUGAGAUCGCUGUGGGGGUGGUGAUCUGCCUGAGCAUGGUGGUUCUGAUGGUGGAGACGCAUGACCAGAGCUACAGCAAAGACAUUGUCCUAUAUUGGGCCAACUUCAUCUGCAUCGUCAUCUUCAUCGUUGAGCUCUUCAUAAAAAUCAUUGCACUUAGACAGCACUACUUCCGCAACUGCUUGAAUAUCAUUGACUUUGUGGUCAUCAUCUUGUCCUUCGUAGGUAUCUUCUUGUCAGACAUCUUCGAGAAGUAUUUUGUCGCACCGCAUGGCAUCCUUGUGUUCCGAGUGGUUCGUAUAAUUCGCAUCUUCCAUCUCAUUCGUUGUGCCAAAGGGAUCCGAAUGCUCACUCUAGGCUUCGUCACGUCGCUUCCUGCCCUUGUCAACAUCGGCCUCCUCCUCUUUCUCACAACGUACACCUUCUCCAUCAUCGGCAUGUUUAACUUUGCCUACGUACACAAGUUUGCGCUGAUCAAUGAUCUGUUCAACUUUGAGACAUUUGGUAACAGCAUGCUCAGUCUGAUGAUGGUCACCACAUCUUCUGGGUGGGAUGGUCUGCUGUUUCCCAUCGUGACCACGCCUCCGGACUGCGACCCGUUGCGGGAACACCCAGGAUCGGAGGUCAGAGGAGACUGUGGCAGCCCGGUGGUGGGCAUCGUCUUCUUUGCCACCUACAUCCCCAUUUUUUUCCUUCUGGUGAUCUACCUGUUCACUGCCGUCAUCCUGGAGACCUUCAACAACAGAAACCCCAAAGAUCCGGAGGACCAUGAGCCACUCAGUGACCAGCAUCUACAGAUGUUUUACAAGACCUGGACCAAGUUUGAUCCUGAUGCCACACAGCUCAUUGAGUGCAGUGAGCUGUCAGAUUUGUGCGAUGCCCUGCAGGAUCCUUUGAGGAUUCCCAAACCAAACAGCACCAAACUGAUCCACAUGGACCUGCCUCUGCUGCCUGGAGACCAGAUCCACUGUGUGGACGUCCUGCGAGCUCUGACCACAGAGGUGUUUGGUAAGUCAGGACAGCCGGACACUGUCAGAGCCAGACUGGAGGAGCAGUUCUUGGUCAAUAACACCUCCAAGGUGUCACAGGAGCCAAUCAGCAGCACCCUGAGGAGGAAGCAGGAAGAGGCGGCAGCGUCGGUGAUUCAACGAGCCUAUCGGAAACACCUCCUGCAGGACGGCGGUGACAAGGAGACACCGGACCAGGUUGGGGGCGGAGCGCCAGGCCUUUCAGGUGCUGCCUCACAGUGAGCAUCCGGCGUCCAUCUGACGAGAGCCUGAGAGAGCCUAUCGUCUGCUGAUGGUGGCGUCUCUUCGUCUCGUGCUUCUUCUGUGCCUUCCUCUACGUCCUCCUGGCUGUGGCGUGAUCGCUUGUCCUGUCGUGUGUCAGACCACAUGAGUCUAAACAUCCUGAGCAGCCCAGCGACCUGCAGCAGCUGUUCUUGGACUGCAACAGUCUUCUUCUGUGUCUUUGAUGUACUGACAGGUUUCCUAACGAGCUCAGUCUGUCUCGAGGUUCGUCCUAUGAUGCAUGAUACUAAUCUUUACAGAUAACAGAGAAUAAACUACAUAUCCAGAUGAUAAUUAACCGUCAUGUAAUACUGCAGUUAUCAGUGAUCCUUAGUUACUACCACAAACUGUCCCUUAACAUUUAAACUCUGACCUGAUGAUGGACCUGAUGACAGGUCGCUAUCAUUAUCCCACAGCUGUUGAUUAUUUCAUCUGGAGCGGUUAAAGAAUGCUAGCUUCAAACUAGAGCUGCAGCUGGUUCUGGUUGUCAGGUGUUCGUUGUUUUAGUCGUUCAGCUCCUGAAAUGUCUGAAAACGCUGAAAAAUGUGAAUCGGUGUUUCCCAAAGUCCAGGAUGAAAAAUGUCUUUUUCUCAAACCAGAGAUAUACAGAUUAUUUUUGUAGAGGAGGAAAAACGUUUUCUUGUGAAAACAGGAGUCAGAUUAAUUGAUUAUUAAAAUAGCUGGACAUUAAUUGAUUAAUUGUAAAUUGUUGCCGCUCUAUUCCACAUCAGUCAGAAAUAUUUAGUCUAUAGGACGAAGUUUGUUGAAAGACAGACGGAUCAAAGCUGCACACAUACUCAGAAGUGCUCCUUACAAACUCUCUGCUGUUAAACUAGCAUUACGACUCAUAUUAUUCUAACCGUACGCUGGGAUCUGUUUUCUCCCAACAAAUACUCCACAGGUACCGAACAUCGUGCAGUAUUCUUAUUUUUUAUGACAUCUUGUCAGCCGGUUGGCCUCCAGCUGCUCAUAUCAGUAUACUAACAGGACUCACCCUCCGGUUUGUUGGUCAUGUUGGUCUGCAGACGUUAGCGCCUGCUGAAGAAACCCUCGAUUAUUGAUUUGAUUGGUUGUAGCUCACCGAUCACUUGGACAGACCAUAAAACCCAGACGUUGAUGAUCAGUCUGAGGUUGCUGUCUGUGAUUUACAGCAUCUGUCAAACGGUGAUGUUCACGUUACCAUGUGACCAGGGCUGCCCACACCCCCCAUGUCAAUGCUCUAGAGAACGCGUGACCACAGACUGCAUAGAUUUUAUUUUUAUAUCAACGUUUGUUAUUGUUUUUCAACAUUAAUCAAACUCAUAAUAAACACAUGAACAUGAAAA